GGUAUAGGCUGCCUAUAGCGUAUAAAAUCCCAUCCCUUCGCACUCUAUGCUUCAUCACUUUUUCUUUCAUUAUUUUCUCUCUAUUUCGUUUGUUUUUCUCUGUAUUCUCUCCAAUCAUGGCUUCUUUGACCAACAGCAAAGCCACCUCUGUCCUACCUCCGGCGGCUGAGCCACUCGAUGCCGCCGUCUCUACUUCCCCUCCUGAGGAGGUGGAGGCGAAGACCCAGAAUCUGCCCCAUGUGAAAUACGCUUCUUUUCUGAGUUCAGACAGCAGCAUUGCGAUUCAUGCCGGGGAACGAUUAGGGCGCGGCAUUGUCACUGAUGGAAUAACUACUCCAGUUGUUAACACAUCUGCUUAUUUCUUCAACAACACCUCUGAACUAAUUGAUUUCAAAGAGAAUAGACGUUCAAGCUUUGAAUAUGGGCGCUUGGGGAACCCAACUACUGCUGUUGCAGAAGAAAAGCUAAGUGCACUGGAAGGGGCAGAAUCCACACUGUUAGUGGCAACUGGAAUGGCUGCUAGUACUUUGAUGUUGUUAGCUUUGGUCCCUGCCGGGGGACAUAUUGUCACAACCACUGAUUGCUAUAAACAGAUUAGGAUCUUCAUUGAGACUAUACUUCCUAAAAUGGGUAUCACAGCCACAGUAAUUGACCCUUCUGAUAUGGAUGGUCUGGAGUCUGCAUUAAAUGAAAACAAAGUGAGCCUUUUCUUCACAGAGUCACCUACGAAUCCAUUACUAAGAUGUGUUGACAUAGAGUUGGUAUCAAAGCUUUGCCAUGAGAAAGGUGCAUUGGUUUGCAUAGAUGGCACCUUAUCCACUCCUAUCAACCAAAAAGCCUUAUCUCUUGGGGCUGACAUUGUCAUCCAAUCUGCAACCAAAUACCUUGCGGGGCAUAAUGAUGUCCUUGCAGGAUGCAUCAGUGGACCUAAAAAGUUGAUUUCAUUAAUCGAUGACCUACAUAUAACCCUGGGUGGUGUUCUCAAUCCAAAUGCUGCAUACCUUAUCAUCCGAGGGAUGAAGACAUUGCACCUUCGUGUUCAGCAACAAAACUCAACAGCGUUGAGGAUGGCUGAAGUUUUAGAGGCCCAUCCUAAGGUGAGACGUGUGCUUUAUCCAGGCUUGCCAAGCCAUCCAGAACAUCAUAUUGCGAAGAGACAAAUGAGUGGGUUUGGUGGUGUUGUGAGUUUUGAGAUUGAUGGGGACCUCAUGACCACAGCAAAGUUUAUGGAUGCCCUUAAAAUUCCAUACAAUGCUCCAUCCUUUGGAGGUGUUGAGAGUAUUGUGGAUCAGCCUGCUAUUAUGACCUACUGGGAUCUUUCCCCAGCACAAAGGGCCAAACAUGGGAUAAUGGACAGCUUGGUUAGGUUCAGCUUUGGAGUGGAGGACUAUGAAGACUUGAAGGCUGACGUUCUUCAAGCUCUAGAAGCCAUAUAGGGGUGGCAGGCGUCUGAAGCGCCGUGUUUUUUUCCUUCUUUUCCAUGCUACUCCUGUUUUUGUAUUUCUCUUUAAGUUGGUUUGGUUGUUUCUUUCUUAUUUUUCAUGACUCUAAUAUAUUGACAACUCUCCCAUCCUAAAAUAAAUUUAAUUUUCUUAUUUCAUCCGUUCUAAAUAAAUUGAUCAAGGACUAUGUGACUCAUAUGGUUCCUUUUUCUCUUAAUGACUUUCAAGAAUACUUUUCACUUCAAUAAUCUCACUCAAAAUCAAAACAGGAGAUAUUAACAGGGC